GGAAGGCGGAAGUGAGGGGGCUUCCGGUCCGCGUGAGUGGCGUGUGUUCUGCGUUCGUGAGCUCUGUCAGGUAAAUAUGGCUAAAAGCUUAAGGAGUAAGUGGAAAAGGAAGAUGCGUGCAGAAAAGAGAAAAAAGAAUGCCCCAAAGGAGCUCAGCAGACUAAAAAGUAUACUUAAAGCAGAUACUGAUAUCUUAAUGAAAGAUGUGCAAGAGAUAGCAACUGUGGUGGUACCCAAACAUUGCCAAGAGACAGCCCAGUGUGUGAAAGAUGAAAAAGAUGACAUGAAAAUGGAGACUGAAAUUAAGAGAAACAAAAAGAGUCUUCUAGACCAGCAUGGACAGUAUCCCAUAUGGAUGAGCCAGAGGCAAAGAAAAAGGCUGAAGGCAAAGCGACAGAACAAGAAGGGGAAAAACAAAGCAAAAGCAGCGAAGGCAGCUAAGGGGUUGGCCUGGUAGACUCUUAAAAACUGGAGAAAGGCCUCUUGGGAUUGAUCUUUGAUAAGAGUAUGUAUGUUGAUUCCAGCUUCCACCAAAUGAAAACUUUGUAUUUUAAUUUGGUCUUUUUCUUCAAUUCAGACCUCAAGUUUGUUUUGGAAUUUGAAUAAAAUAUUUUCUUUGAAGAAUGAAAGUUAUAUUGAUGUUUUAAUCAGCUGCUGUUUUUAUGCAGGGAUUAUCAGAAAUCAUGAUGAUUAUAGGUGUUUGUUCUUAGUGAAGAUUAAGCAAAUGAUAUAUGAUGAAUUUGAGCGAACUCAGAUUUAAAAAAUGAUUGUAUAAUGUCUUUUUAAAGCAUGUCAUUGGAUCUUAUAGCGGUACUUGUUCAGAGUGCUCAUUUUGUGUAAUUCAGACUCAAAGAAUUUUGUGUGUAGAUGUUGAAGAUCUUUCAUAUCUUCUUGGGUUUCCAACAGUAGAGAAGACUAGAUUCUUUAAUUUUUUUUUUAAAAGAUUUAUAUAUUUAUGCUUACAAGAACUGGGGUACAGGUAAGAGGUGUAGAGGGUGAGAGGAUUCACCAGAACAGAGUGGGGAACAGAACAGGCAGAUCGACUGAAAUACACUGCUCAGGGGAGCAGUGGGCGAGUCAGGAGAGGUCUGCUGGGCCAUGUGGGUCAGCUCCCUUGCUGGCCAAGGAUCGAACAUGUGCUACAGUGGCUGCGGAUAGAUUCAUCAGUUGCGUCUUAACCCCUUGCACCACCAGGGAGGCCCCAGAUUCUUCAAUUUUUUAAAACAUUUUAAGUUUUUAGGUAAAAUGUACCUAAAAACAUAUACAAGUCUAUGUGCUCCAUUUUUAGUAGACCUUCCUAGGAACUGUCUGCUGUUACAUCAGUUAUUAUUUUAAUUUACUAAAGUACAACAUUUCCUAGUAUAUUUUGCUAAGAACUGUUUUUCCCCCAAUGCAUGUAUAGAUUUCAUUGUCACAUGAAUUUGGGAAUUGUCUGUACUUGAAGCUUCACAAAAAGUAUUAGCUUAUAGUCUAACAGAUCUAGCUGUAAAGAAACCUGUUUAACUCUUUGAAAGUAGUAUUUGAGGAUGUUGCAAGUGCUGUUGUUGAAAUUAUUUUAUUAAGUCUGUCCUGCUAUAGUUUACUAACUUUAAUUUCACUUGUAACUAAAUUUAUCUUUAGUUAAGCUAUUUAAACUUAGCAUUCCUUCUGAAAUUUCACUGUAGUCCUGUUGGCCAUCAUUACAUUUCCCUGGAGCAACAAAUCUUUGAAUGCCUACUGUGUUCCAGGAACUUUUCUAGUCUACCCACACAGGCAUCUGUAAUCAGGAGAAUACAGUUAAGAGUGAGAUCUUUUAGAAUAAGGUCACGUAGUUAUCCGCUCACUAUUUUUGUCUUGGCACACUGCUUGGCUGGAAUACAACAUAUAAAUAAGUUAAAACCCAAAUUUUUUAGAUUUGAGUAUAAAAUUUGACACCAAUAAAAUCUAAAGUUAUUUUGCAUAAUAAGACUUUCCUCACUUACCCGAUGGUUAGGUCACCAAAAAGUUAGUAAAUAAUUAUUAAAUACUUGAAAUAAAUUUUCUCAAAACAAGCAAAUAUAAAACAUGAAUUGGAAAAAUAAUGAUUAUUCUGGGCCUUUUGGUAAAGUUACGAACAACAAAGAGUUUGUGAGGGAAAGGUAGAAACGUUAGUGUUCAUUCAUGAAAUAAAAAGUUGAAAACAUCCAAUUAAACCACUGAAAAAAUCAGCCUAAAUAUAUCAGCUAAAUUAUUUUCAUUCUUGGGCCUCCCCGGUGGCGCAGCGGUUGAGCGCUGGGUUGCGAAGC